AUGGCUUUCGCUCCUCGUGGCCGUGGUGGUCCUCCCCGUGGUGGUCGUGGUGGCGCUCCUCGUGGCGGCGCUGGUGGUCGUGGCGGUUUCGGUGGUGGUCGCGGCGGUGGCUUCGGCGGCCGUGGUGGUGGCCGUGGUGGUGCUCGCGGUGGCCCUCCUGGUCGUGGUGGACGCGGUGGCCGUGGUGGCCGUGGCGGUGCUCGCGGCGGUCGCGGUGGUGCUGCUGGCGCCAAGGGUGGUGCUAAGGUCAUCAUUGAGAACCACCGUCACGCUGGUGUCUUUGUUGCCCGCGGUGGUAAGGAGGAUCUGCUGGUCACCAAGAACCUGACUCCUGGUGAGGCUGUCUACGGUGAGAAGCGUGUCUCUGUCGAGUCCCCCGCCGGUGAUGAUGGUGUUGUCACCAAGACUGAGUACCGUGUGUGGAACCCCUUCCGUUCCAAGUUGGCCGCUGGUAUCCUUGGUGGUUUGGACAACAUCUACAUGAAGCCCGGUUCCAAGGUUCUCUACAUCGGUGGUGCCAGUGGUACUUCCGUCUCCCACGUCGCUGAUAUCGUCGGACCUACCGGCAACGUUUACGCUGUCGAGUUCUCCCACCGUUCCGGCCGUGAUCUGAUCGGCAUGGCCACUCACCGCACCAACGUUAUCCCCAUUGUUGAGGAUGCCCGUCACCCUCUCCGCUACCGCAUGCUUGUCCCCAUGGUUGACGUGAUCUUCGCCGACGUUGCCCAGCCUGACCAGGCCCGUAUCGUCGGUCUCAACGCCCACAUGUUCCUCAAGGAGGGUGGUGGUGUCCUCAUCUCCAUCAAGGCCAGCUGUAUCGACUCCACAGCCGCCGCCGAGGUUGUGUUCACCCGCGAAGUCCAGAAGAUGCGUGAGGAGAAGAUCAAGCCCAAGGAGCAGCUUACUCUGGAGCCCUUCGAGCGUGAUCACUGCAUUGUUGGUGGUAUCUACACUCGUUCCACAUAA